AUGACGGUGACACCGCAAAUCACGGUGAGCGACGGGAGGCUGGAGGUCCGCGGCCGGACGGUGCUCUCCGGCGUGCCGGACAACAUCACCGCAGCGCAUGCUGCCGGGGCCGGGCUCGUCGACGGGGCCUUCGUGGGUGCCACGGCCGGCGAGGCCAAGAGCCACCACGUCUUCACCUUCGGGACUCUCCGCGAUUGCCGGUUCAUGUGCCUGUUCCGGUUCAAGCUGUGGUGGAUGACGCAGCGGAUGGGCACCUCCGGCCGCGACGUCCCGCUGGAGACCCAAUUCAUCCUCAUCGAGGUCCCUGCCGCCGCCGGCAACGACGACGGCGACAGCGAGCCGGUGUACCUGGUGAUGCUGCCGCUGCUGGAGGGGCAGUUCCGCACGGUGCUCCAGGGCAACGACCAAGACCAGCUCCAUAUCUGCAUCGAGAGCGGGGACAAAGCGGUGCAGACGGAGCAGGGCAUGAACAGUUUGUACAUCCACGCCGGCACCAACCCCUUCGACACCAUCACCCAGGCCGUCAAGGCCGUUGAGAAGCACAUGCAGACAUUCCACCACAGGGAGAAGAAAAAGCUGCCGUCGUUUGUGGACUGGUUCGGGUGGUGCACGUGGGACGCCUUCUACACGGACGUGACGGCCGACGGUGUCAAGCAGGGCCUCCGCAGCCUGGCGGAGGGCGGCGUGCCACCGCGGUUCCUCAUCAUCGACGACGGCUGGCAGCAGAUCGGCAGCGAGAACAAGGAGGACCCCGGCGUCGCCGUCCAGGAAGGGGCGCAGUUCGCGAGCAGGCUCACCGGCAUCAAGGAGAACACCAAGUUCCAGAGCGAGCAUGACCAGGACGACACCCCGGGGCUGAAGCGGCUGGUGGAGGAGACCAAGAAGGGGCACGGCGUCAAGAGCGUCUACGUCUGGCACGCCAUGGCCGGCUACUGGGGCGGCGUCAAGCCGUCGGCGGCCGGGAUGGAGCACUACGAGUCCGCGCUGGCCUACCCGGUGCAGUCGCCGGGCGUCACCGGCAACCAGCCGGACAUCGUCAUGGACUCGCUCUCCGUGCUCGGCCUCGGCCUCGUGCACCCGCGCAAGGUCUACAACUUCUACGACGAGCUCCACGCCUACCUGGCCGCCUGCGGCGUCGACGGCGUCAAGGUGGACGUGCAGAACAUCGUGGAGACCCUCGGUGCCGGGCACGGCGGCCGCGUCGCGCUCACCCGCGCCUACCACCGCGCGCUCGAGGCCUCCGUCGCCCGCAACUUCCCGGAUAAUGGUUGUAUCUCAUGCAUGUGCCACAACACCGACAUGCUCUACAGCGCCAAGCAGACCGCCGUCGUGCGCGCCUCCGACGACUUCUACCCGCGCGACCCCGCGUCGCACACCGUCCACAUCUCCUCCGUGGCUUACAACACGCUCUUCCUCGGCGAGUUCAUGCAGCCCGACUGGGACAUGUUUCAUAGCCUGCACCCGGCGGCGGAGUACCACGGCGCGGCGAGGGCCAUCGGCGGCUGCCCGAUUUAUGUCAGCGACAAGCCGGGGAACCACAACUUCGACCUCCUCAAGAAGCUGGUUCUCCCCGACGGCUCCGUGCUCCGCGCGCAGCUCCCCGGCAGGCCCACGCGCGACUGCCUCUUCUCCGACCCGGCGCGCGACGGUGCCAGGUGCUCACCAUCAUCCUUCAAAGAAAUCCUCCCUCUCACUCACGUGAAUGGAACUCUCCUAGUAGAUUCUAUCUCAGUGCCGCUGACAUGUGAUCCCCUGCUUUUUUCUCUCAGCCUGCUCAAGAUAUGGAACAUGAACAAGUGCGCCGGCGUGGUGGGGGUGUUCAACUGCCAGGGCGCGGGGUGGUGCCGCAUCGUCAAAAAGACAAGGAUCCACGACGAGGCACCCGGGACGCUCACCGGCUCGGUGCGCGCCGAGGACGUGGAGGGCAUCGCCCAGGCCGCCGGGACCGAUGACUGCACCGGCGACGCCGUGGUGUACGCGUACCGAGCAGGGGAGCUCGUGAGGCUGCCCCGGGGCGCCACCCUGCCGGUGACGCUCAAGAGGCUUGAGUACGAGUUGUUCCACGUAUGCCCCAUCCGCACCGUGGCGCCGGACGUCUCGUUCGCGCCUAUCGGGCUGCUCCACAUGUUCAACGCUGGCGGCGCCGUCGAGGAAUGCACCGUUAGGCCGGACGAGGAUGACAAGGCCGUUGUGUCCCUCAGGGUGCGCGGCUGCGGCCUGUUCGGCGCGUACUGCUCGCGGAGGCCGGUGAAAUGUUCCCUCGACUCGGGCGACGUGGGGUUCGGCUACGACGCCGACACUGGGCUCGUCACGGUAGACGUGCCGGUCCCGGAGAAGGAGAUGUACCGGUGGGCGCUUGAGAUUCGGGUCUAG